AUGCACAUCGACAUGCCGGCACCACAAAAAGACUUCACCAGUCCCCAUGGCAGUAACACCAACAACGCGCCAUUCAUAAUCGCCUCGAUGCCCUCACCGUCACAAAACCCCCACAACGCAACAUGGGCUUCAUCGCCGUCAACACACCACCACCAUCACAUCCACAUCCCGACGCCACACCCACUGGCCGCCACAGCAUCAUUCCUCGACAAACACGUCCCCCUGUUCGCGAAACAUCACACCGAGUUCAGCGUCAACCACGAGGCGCGCGCCGCGAAGCGCGAAGCCCGCCGCAGCCUGGUCGAUACCGCCAUCCCCGAAGUCGACGCCGAGCAUCUCCCGCCACCAACGACGGGCUCCGUCAUCGCCACGGCAAUCCACGCGGCGACAGCGACAGGCGCAGGCCCCGCGUUGGCCGACUCCCGUGCCGCGGACAACGCCGCAUGGAGAGAAAUUCUGGCCAAGAGAGACGCGGCCAGGCGGAGGUCUGGCUCGGAUGGACUGAGAGGGCAUGAUUCGAUCGCCGAGGAGGGCAGUGAUUCCGAUUCGCGCGAGUAUAAAGGCUCGCCGGCUAUAACGCCCUGA